CUCCCCAGUCUCCAAAUCUCCCUUUACUCUCUUUUCCUAAUUCCUUCUCUGCUCUGCUCUCCUUCAACUUUAGAUCCUAUUUUUGACUUCUCUGUCUUCUUUCUUUCUUGUUUUCCUUUUGAUAUCUAACAAUGGUGAAAGGGUGGUUCUUUUUUGGUGUUUUGGUGAUUUGUGUCGUUGCCGCAGUGGACUCUGCACAUGCACCGGCACCGGCCGUCGACUGUUCAAGUUUGAUUGUGAAUAUGGCGGAUUGUUUGUCUUUUGUGAGUAAUGGAAGCAAAGAAAAGAAGCCCCAGAGUACUUGUUGUUCUGGGUUGAAGACGGUUUUGAAGACCGACGCCGAGUGCUUGUGUGAGGCUUUUAAGAGCAGCGCUCAGUAUGGCGUUGAACUCAACAUGACAAAGGCUCUUACACUUCCUUCUGCAUGUAGGGUUUCUACUCCCUCUGUCAGCAACUGUGGUGUGUCCCUUGGUGCUCCUGGCGCUGCUCCUGCUGAAUCGCCAUCUAUGUCUCCCAAGUCUCCAAAAUCAUCGGCUGCAACCAUUGGAGGAGUCACGGCCCAAGUUCCAGCUCCAGCUCCGGCAUCUUCUAGUGCCUCCUAUGUCUCAAUUCCAUUUAUGCUUCUCUUUUGUGUAGUUGUUGCGUUAUGCUCUUUUUUUUGAGCUUAGGGUCUUUCUAUUAAGCUCUGUCAUUUACCAAUGAUCAAGGAGAGAAAGGGGGGAUUUUAUUCGGGCGAUUUGUGUCUUGAACUGCUAUUAGGUUCUCUCUAAUCUUUAUGUUUAGGUUGUGAAGGGACCCUAUUAAAGAUGGUAUUCUUUGUUGGUUCUUUCUCUUUUCAGAUAGUUUUACCUGUUUGACAUGUCUCUUGGACCAUUAGUAAUACUAUUAUUUUUGAGUU